CCGCUUACACGCCACUGUAGCACUAACAUACCCAACCCUGACCGUAAUCAAUAAGCGCCAUACGAUUCACGUGCUUCCUGAGUGACCGAGUACCAAGGUUCCCAGCUUUCUACCAUAGCUAACAGUGUCGUUCUCUCUUUCAGUCUGAGCCGGAGUUCUGUACAACGGAGAAUUUGUGACUUCGCCUUACGGUUAAAUAGACAGUUGCUUGUGAAUAAAGGGAACACGGGCCCUCAUUGCCGAUUGUCUUCUCUGAGACACAAUGAAGUUUGAUGACGCAUUGUUGAAGCUCGGAGAAUUCGGAUUCUACCAGAAAAGAUUAUGGAUCCUCCUUCAAAUACCCGCCAUGUCCGUUGGCUGUUUUAUGAUGAUGUUGGUUUUUCAGAUGUUCAAGCCCGAGCAUAGAUGCAAGAUCCCUGGGUAUGACAACGACACCUUUGCGGUACAAAAUGCUUUCCACGCUGACCUCAUAAAUGCGACCAUUCCACCUAGUCACGACGUCCUUAAGAAGUACGAGAUGUGUAACCAUUACAAAGGUGUGGAGGUGGGGGCGAGCAGUCCUGGAGGCUACAACUACUACGUUAAUAGUACCGCUCGGGUACAUUGCGAGGAUUACGUCUACGAUAAGUCCAUCUUCGAGGAAACAUUUGCAUCACAAAAUAAUCUCGUUUGUGAUGAUGCGUUGAAGACCUCACAUGCUCAGAUGGUGUUUUACUUGGGAGUCCUGUGUGGAGAUCUGGGAUUUGGAAUGCUAUCAGAUUACAUCGGACGUAAAAAGACAUUUUCAAUUUGCUCAGUGCUGAUGUUGGCGUCUGCGUUGGCAUUAGCGUGGGCACCAGAAUUCUACAGCUUCGUCCUCCUAGAAUUCACCGUCGGCGCGGCGUGCCACGGACUCUUCAUGGUGUGCUGUGUCCUCAGUGUGGAAAUGGUAGGACCUUCUAAGCGUGGAGUGGCCGGAAUUCCAAUUCAUAUGUUCUUUGCUACUGGUCUGUGUUAUCUUUCUGGAGCUGGCUACUUCUUGAGAAAUUGGCAGUACAUCCAGCUGGCAGUGGGCAUCCCCUGUGUCUUCUAUCUCUUCUAUUGGUGGUUUAUUCCCGAAUCGCCACGCUGGUUGAUCAGCAGAGGGCGCUACGAAGAGGCGGAGGUGAUUGUCAAGCGUGCAGCGGAGGUCAACAAAACAACAGUGCCUGAUAAGAUGUUCGACGCCAACUCUGUGGAAAAGGUGAAAGAGGGGCACUUGUGGCAUCUGUUUUUGUCCAAGACCCUCUUCUUCAGGACCCUCAUCAUAUUCUUUAAUUGGUUGGUGAUCAGCAUGAUGUACUACGGUGUGACCAUGCACUCGGGCAAUCUGGGAGGUAACUUUUUCCUCAAGUUCUUUAUCCUCGCUGUGGUGGAGUACCCGUCCAAUGGUUCAACUAUUUUUCUUCUCAACGCUAUGGGCCGGCGAAAGCUGUUGUGUCUGUGUAUGAUGGUUGGAGGAGUUGCGUGUAUGUGCACCAUUUUUACUGUGUUAUACGGAGGCAAAGAGUUGGAGCCACUUACCCUUGCACUGGCUGUACUGGGUAAGAUGGGGUCAGCGGCAGCCUUUGGCGUAGUGUAUGUAUAUUCCAUGGAACUGUACCCCACUGUUGUCAGGAACGGCGGAAUGGGAGCCAGCUCGUGUGUUGCUAGGAUAGGAGGCAUGAUAUCUCCUUACAUUGCUCAAUCUGGAGAGAUAAUUGGCGGGAAGUUUGGUCAGGCUUUCCCAUUGGGUGUAUUUGGUGCAGCUUCAAUUACGGCGGGACUGUUAUGUUUGCUGCUUCCGGAAACCCUGGGCAAGAAACUCCCGGAAACCAUCGAAGACGGUGAAAACUUUGGAAAGAAUCCCGACGAAGAUCUUUAUGAAAACCAGAUCAAAAUGGUACCUGCUGAUAUUGAAGAAGGGGAUUAUCCUGACAAUAAAGCGUUCCUGUGAUUGAUCGGUCCGCAAUGGACCAUCUUUUUUUGUCAAUAUAAUGCACAUAGGGAUACUUACAUCAACAGUAUUUGCACACCAUGAGGUUCGGGGCAAUUUGUUCUGGAUUCGAACAGAAAAUAAGUGAGACCCGAAUUUCACAUCCUUCGUUAUCAUGUUUACUUCGUCCAUCGCCAGUUACAUUGUAAAUAAGGAUCAUUUUAUAUCAUACAUUAAAAAAUCGGUACGGAGUGUAUUUCAUCAGUUUGGACCAAUGGAAGAACAUGUUUGAAUAUUAAUGUCAUUUGAAAUAUCUUUCCGCCAUUCUGAAACAUAUAUCAAGCAGAGAUUACGUAUUAAAAUGGAGAUAAUGCUCGAAAAUGACUUUACAAAGGUUAAAACCCUUUUCUCGCUUUUCAAUAUAAUUUGGAAGUGAUUUGAUAUAUAUUCUAGUUAGAAUACGGCCUGUACUUCUUUGACAUCUUAAUAUAUAUUAUUAUUAUUAUUUAGAAAUCAAUGACGACUAUUAUUUUACAGUUGUUAUUUUGAGCCUAUGAACAAUUGAAUCAUGGUAAAUGCCAUCUCUAAUUAUUUACUGAUAUAUGUUUACGAUGGUAUCAAUAUGUAUUACUAUGUAUGUGAAAGGUGGGGUUCCCAGCCAAUGUUUGACUCGUAUAUGUAUGGUCAAUAUCAAAUUCUUUUCUAACAUGCAUAUACCAAGGUGAAUUUUAGACAUCAUAUUAAAUACCUUUCCAGAAGAAAAAAACCACAUUAAGAUAAGAUUAAACACCAAUUUGAUACUUUUAAUUACGCCAUACACUCCAGAUUGUUUUAAAUAUGCAGAGAUAUAAGUUGACAGUGAUAUCACAUCAUAAUCAAAAAUAAUUUUUGACUAAAACUAAUAAACAACCAUAUAUGGUAAAAAUGUUCUCGUAUACAUGUGAUUAUAUAUCGAUUGGUGAAUUUCCAUGAUCCAUUGGUAUCUGGUUCUUAUUAAAACAUAUUUAAAACAUCCAAUAAUGAAGUAUUUAUGCAGUAUUAAAGAUAGAGAAAGACAAUUAUUCAUUUUUACAAUUAAUAAAAGGCCGAUUUUAAGGAUAUUUUACCAGAAACAAUACUAUAAAGAAAAGCAAUGGCCCAUUCCGAAAACUCCACCUUUAUAAAUAUAUUAAUUGUAACAACUGCCUAUCUGAUAUCAAUAAAAUCGGAUAUAACUGUAACUGGGAGGCAAUAAGUCAUAUAACAUUGUCUUUGUAUAGUGUAAAGUGGUCGACUUUGUUGAUCAAUUUUGUUUUGUCUUGGAAAUUAUGUAUAUUAUACCCUUAGUAUGCAGCUAAAAGCUUGCCACUAGAGUUUCUAUAACAAAAUCAAUGCACUAUAUCUUGUUCAGUAUUAGGAAGUCGAGGAAACUGCCUCUUUGGUAUUUUUGGAUCAACAUUUGAUUGCCUUGAUUCAUUUAUUUAUUUCUUUAUCUACCAGAGAUAUGUUUCAUAUCAUCGAAAUGAACAUUCUUUCAUAUACAAAGUUCUUUUAUAUUCCCAUGGUAAGAGAUUUUAUCAAAAAUUCUCGUAAUUUGACAUGAGUAUAAUAAAUUAGAAUGGAAGAUUGUCCUCGAUGAUCUUAUUUAUAUUCUACAAAGUAAACAAAAGGAUUACAUUUAAUAUCACAUAUAUUAAUGUCAAAUUUUGAUAUUAUUUCCGGUCUUCCACCGUAAUAUUCCUUUUAGAAUAAUGUACAUAAUGUUUAUUUUUAAUAAUGUCUGAAUUAUUGUACGUCAUCUCUAUCAUAUUUGUCAUUGUCAUAUAUAUAUAUAUAUAUAUAUAUAUGUCAACUUAAGAAUGACCCGGUUAAAAGUCGGUUUGUAUAUAAAUGUUUUUAUACUUGUAAAUCCGGCUAGAAUUGAUGUUUUGGUUUUGAUUCGGUUAACCAAUAUAAACAUAUUAUUUCAGGAAUUAAAUGCCCAAAAAUAUCGUAUUGGAAGGAAAUACAUAAAUUUCACAUGCAUAAGUAUUAAAACUCAAACAUUAUUCAUUAUCUUAUGUAUAUUUUUAAAGUUCAUGAUGAUCUUUUUAAUCUCAUUUAGAUGUUGUAACUGUUUUCUAAUACUGCCUAGGUUUUUUCAUAUAAAUGAAAAGUUUCUUUUUUUCAUAUCAACAAAUUAAAGUAUGUUAUAUUCUCCUGAUAAAUAUUUCGUUAUCAGAUUAUGAUAACAUUUAACUUCAGAUUGAUUAAGAUGUUAAUUAAUAUAUGAUUAUCAGUAUAUUUCCAUUUCAAUAUUCAAUGAAAAUCGUUCGUCGGAAAUCUAGUCAGAAACCACACCAUUUCAGACAAGUAGAACGAAUACAAAUAAAAAGCGAUAAAAAUUACAUAUAUCUUAGCUCCACCAAAUGUUUUGCAAUAAAGCCAGCAAGAUUUGAAUACUUUGUAAGCAAAGGAGACGAUACUUAUUAGCUUCUAUCUCAUAUUUCUGUGCUCAAUAUGAUUCACCUUUCUCUCGUAGGUCUAGAAUGUAAUAUAACUUCUACUAUCUUUUUAUGUCAUUUAUUUGUUUAUAUAUUUAUAUGUUAACUGAUAGGAGGGUUAUCGUACUGACUAGAUCAACACUCGUGUAAAUAAUUUUAGUCAUUAGAUAAAUGGAGUUAUCUUCCUUUAUCAUUGAACUAUAUUUUUUUCCUAUUUAUUUUAUUUUGAAAUUGAUGUUUUUUUGUAAUGAGCUCCUAGCUUGGAGAGAAUAGAUAUAGUCAAAGUCUGCUGUUCGACCACUUAGAACAAAAUGAAGAAUUGCUGUAUGAAUGAAAUAAAACAAUCAAUUUAUAGUAAUAUUUUUGCUCACUUUCCGGUCAUUAUUUUGACGUAAUAAAAAUGAGAAGACUUUCCUAGUAGGGCAUACAUAGGUAGGUUAUGGCUGCUGCAAUGCCGGGUAUGUCUAGGCAUAUAUAGGCAUGACCCGAGAAAAAUAACACUGACAUGUUCACUUGUAAUUACCACAAUGUUCUAUUCUUGUAUUGUGCCAAUGUUUCAAAUGAAACUCCGCUCAUUGUAUUUCACCAUAUAAAUUGAUUGAUUAUUUAUUGUGGAAUUCGUCUGUUAUUCAGUUAAGCAAUAUAAAACAUGCCGAUACAAGUAUGAUGAAAUAGACACGAUGUUAUGAAAUAUAAUUUAAGAUAACACGUUACGGAUAUAUAUGAUAGCGCUAUCUCCCAAAUAAUAAAUAUAUCAAUUCGGUAAAUUUCUUUUUCUGUUUAAGUACAUUUUGCUAUUUCUCUUGAAAUAUCCCGUAAUAUUUUUGAAUACGAAGAAGUAUAUUUAUAAUUAAAGUUAAAAAAAGCAAAUCAAAUUAUUUGCACUUGUUUUUCAAUACUCGAAGAAGCGUUAAUCAAGAUUUUACUUCAAAAGUAUCUUGUAACCCCCCUUUUUUGACAAUCCGGGAUAUUUAUCAAUAUUUUCUGUGGAUUGCAGUGCCAACAAGGUUUACUAUUGUGCAUUUAAAAAAAUUACAUUUGUCUUUUGAAAAUAAAUAAAAACCACAUCUUCACAAA